CUCUUUUCGAAGCGUGUCUGACAUCUGUCAAAAGUCGGAAAAAAUGCGAAAAUAAAAAUUGCAAAAAACAAAGAAUAAUUGUGCAAAUCGUGCAAAUGGUCAAGGCGGUGAAAAUUUGGAAAAAAGUGAUUUAAAUUGACAUAAAAAUCUUGGGAAAAGGCUUCUGGAUAGUGGUAAUAGCCGGCGACACCUACUGAUGUACGUCAUAAACAGCCUCGUGAAUGUUCAACUUGUAUAAACCCAGUGGUUGCAUCUCCAACGUUCAGAAUCGAGCCAAAGUUUGUUCUAACUAUCAAGUUAUUCGCAAAAUGGCCGGCGUGGCACUAUCCGUAGUUGUGGAGAAGCUCAAUGAGUUCGCUCCGGAAAAUCUGGCGGAAAAAUGGGACAACGUGGGAUUACUGAUUGAACCAUUCACCAAGCGGAAUGUUAACAAAAUUCUGUUAACCAACGAUCUCACCGAGAAUGUAAUGAGUGAAGCCAUGGCAAGAGGGUCCGAUAUGAUUAUAUCCUAUCAUCCUCCGAUCUUUGCUCCUCUUAAGAGGAUCACACAGAAGUCAUGGAAGGAGCGUAUUGUAUCGAUUUGCCUGGAGAACAAAAUCGCAUUGUAUUCACCGCACACCAGCUGGGACAGCGUCACUAACGGAGUUAACGAUUGGUUAGCUUCUGCCCUACCGUUGGCCAGUGCACAACCCGUUUUGGAGAAUUUGUCUAAUCCGUCGAUCGGUGCCGGAAGACUUUGCGUCAUCCAAGGGGAACUAACCCUCGGUGCAGCCAUCGACAGAAUCAAAGCAUAUACGAAAUUGAAAGACUUGAAAGUUGCCGUAGCGGUCAACAGGAACUUGGAGUCACCUAUUCGAACAUUCGCCGUUUGUGCUGGAUCGGGUACCAGCGUACUGAAGGGAGUCAAGGCUGAUCUUUACAUUACAGGAGAAAUGUUUCAUCAUGAUGUUCUAGACGCGAAUCAUCAGAACAUUCACGUGAUUUUGCUGAACCACAGCAAUUCGGAGCGAGGAUAUCUACCGAUAUUCAGAGAAAUCCUGCGCAACAUGCUGAAGGACUAUCAAGCUAUUCAGAUUGAUGUCUCUGAGCAAGACGCCGAUCCGUUGCAGACUUACUGAUUUCCGGUUUACCACUGGUAACACACGCAGCAAGACCCUGGUCAAUUGCAACAGCAGCAGCAUCAACACCAGCAGCUGCAGUCGCAAUUGGCCAGCGGUAGCGGCGCCCUUACCAGUGGCAACCACCCAGUCCAGCAAUCGAUCAGCGCUCCACGACAAGCCCCUGCCAAGCAGAAGAGAGUCGUUUGCAGCAACAAGAAGCGAAAAACUAAAUAAUCUAAUCCUGUUUCGUCGUAGACGGAACGAUAACUAGACUUGCUCUGAUAGGAGUUUGUAAGACUAUGCCAUUCUAUACGAAAUCAAUACCGUGUGACGGUGUUUUGUUACAUAGCGAAAACAUAAAUCAACAGUUUCCAUGAAAUUACGUACCAUCCACCUGUGUAUUAACCAAGCGCAUGCAAAGAUCUAAUCCAUAUCUAUCGACCGUCGAUGAAGCUAUUCUGGUAGCUAUUUAGGUUGACUCGAUAAUUAUUGUGACACUUUAGAUUCAUUGAUAACGCGUCUAUAUUUAUUACAUCUUACAUAAGAUGGUUAAAUUUUAGGAUUAGUUUAAGUAAAAGGUCCAACAUUAACUUCCAACUUCA